GAAAGAGACGUGAUUUUCGGAAUGGACUGUAUUUGACGGUACGCUGACAGCAGCUCUAUCACAUUCGACUUUAGCCUCUCUGUCAGGUCACUGAAAUGGACUAAAGCCGGACAGCAUGACAGCAGAAACAUUACGGACGUUGCGGGUGUGUCAGCGUCACUUCGCUCUGCUGAAGAAAUAUUCAAACCACACAAACACUCAACUGCUGCUGCCCAAAUCCUUCAGCACACAGAGGAGUGGGCGGAGUCUCCAGCCACUGAGGAAGCUGCUGAUUGGUGUGUCAGUGGGCGUUCCUGUGGUGGUGGGUGUGCGCUAUGCCCUCUCUGACCCCAAGGACAGGAGGAAGAUGAGGAUAUUAGUGGAGGGAGCAGGACGCUUCUGCAGGUCUCUGUGUAUCGGGUUUCUGAUCUCAGUGGAUUAUUGGUGGACCUCCAACGUUGUUCUUCGUGGUGAGGAUGAAGAAGGGGCAGAGUUUGCGGCGGCCAUGUCAGCGUGUCACCAGCGGGCGGCGGACAGCAUGGUGGAGGGGGCAGUGAGGAACGGAGGAGUGUACAUUAAACUGGGACAGGGCCUGUGCUCCUUUAACCACCUCCUCCCCCCAGAGUACAUCCGCACACUGCAGGUCCUGGAGGAUAAAGCUCUGAACCGCCGCUACAAGGAGGUAGAUGCGUUAUUCCUAGAGGACUUUAAUUCCACACCAGAUAAACUGUUUAAGACGUUCGACUACGAGCCCGUAGCGGCUGCUAGCUUAGCACAAGUGCACAAAGCAGAGCUGCAUGAUGGGACGCCCGUGGCUGUGAAGGUUCAGUACAUCGACCUCAGGGAUCGCUUCGAUGGAGACAUCAGGACGCUGGAGAUCCUGCUGGACAUAGUGAAGGUCAUGCACCCCAGCUUCGGUUUCCGCUGGGUCCUAAAGGACCUGAAGGGAACCUUGGCUCAGGAGCUGGACUUCGAGAACGAGGGCAGGAACUCGGAGCGAUGUGCCGAAGAGCUCAAGCACUUUAAAUUCGUUGUCAUACCCAAAGUGUUCUGGGAUCUGACCAGUAAGCGCGUCCUCACGGCCGAGUUCUGCCAAGGCUGUAAGAUCAACAACAUCCAGGAGAUCAAGAGGCAGGGCCUGAGUUUAAAGGACAGAAUUCCUCUUUCUGAUCCUCAGACUGCGGAUAAAUUCAUCAGGACUUUCGCAGAACAGAUAUUUUACACCGGCUUUAUACACGCAGACCCACAUCCUGGAAACGUGUUGGUGAGAAGAGGUCCUGAUAAAAAAGCAGAACUUGUUCUCUUGGAUCACGGACUUUAUGAAUGCCUCAGCAAAAGUGACCGGGCCGCUCUGUGUCAGCUCUGGCGCUCCAUCAUCCUCCGAGACGAAGCCGCCAUGAAGAGAUACUCCAAUGACCUCGGGGUCAAAGACUAUUUCCUGUUCUGCGAGAUGCUCCUUCAGCGGCCCAUCAACAUGCGUGAGCUAGGUCUGGGGAACAUCCUGAGCCGCGAGGAGACGUCGUACAUGCGCAGCAUGGCCGCCCGGCGCUUCGACAGCAUCAUGGAGGUUCUGAAAGCUCUGCCUCGGCCCAUGCUGCUCGUCUUCCGCAACAUCAACACCGUGCGCAGCAUCAACAUAGCACUCGGGGCUCCUGUGGACCGCUACGGCCUCAUGGCCAAGAGUGCUGUGCGAGGUUGGGGUAAGUCCAGAGCAGACGAGUCGCGGCUCCUGCCCCGGGUCACUGUGUUCCGCUGGGUGUGGAGUUUCUGGGAGGAUGUGAAGUUUGAAUGCGCUUUAAGGUCGGAGAAGAUAAUGAUGAGUCUAACACGCUGUGUCCUGCAGCUCCUGUGCUACUGCGGUCUGGUCUCACUCGAUCAGGACGUUUAUCAGUACCUCAAAUAACCAAAGACUCCAGACUCUCACCACCUUCCUCUCUCUCUGUGUCCAGUAGAGAUGUUUGACCUCUGGGUCAUGUCCCGUCUUCUGGCCUUCACAUUUAUUUUCCUUUUUUUUUUUUAAAUAUAAAUUAAAUGAUUCAUUAUGCAGUCAA